CGGUAAGUUUGGUAAAAACUUUUACCCAUGUCUUUCUGUAUCGAUAGUUUGUUUAAUCGAUACAAAAAUGUCAGCUGUUUUGGAUCAUUGAUACAUUUCAUAAAAAAAAAGGAAAAUAAUAGCUGGUCAAAUAUGGAUUUAAAAGAAAGGAGAGAUGACAAAAAGUGGACUGACGAGAACACCCUUCUGAUGUUGUCACUUUAUGCUGAACGGAAAAAUAAGUUCCGGAAGGGCAAAAGAAAUAAAUGGAUCUGGGAGGAAAUUUCCAACGAACUGAGGUACCAUGGAAUGGACAUCGACACCGUGCAGCUAGAUCGAAAAUUCAGAAACCUCAAGAAAACCUUCGAAUACGUUAGGAAAAGGCAAAAAUCAAACAAAAAAUCGCAGGAUGUGAAAUGGCGUUUUUACAACGAGAUGGAAGACCUUCUGAAGGAUGUGCCAGAAGUUGUAGAUGAGGAGGAUGAGGAAUUGGACUCGUCCUAUAGUCAGUCUCCUAUCAUGGACAGCCAUAUAAUAGAACCCAUGAGCCCCCCUCAACCAAUACGGAUAGUUGCCCAAAGGAAACCACACCGCCUCAAUAGAACGUUCCCGAAUGAAAUGGAAUCAAAUUGCCAGGCAAAGGAACGUCACCCUAGCAGAGACGAGAUAUCCAUCGACACGCGGGAUGAGGCUCUUAAACACUUGCGAGCCCUUCAGGAAUACGCCAUGAUCCAGGAUAACUUUCGGGCCAUUGGGCUUCUUAUGCAGGCAGAACAGGCCAUCGAGUGCCCGCCUAAAAGUAAAGAUUUUGAAGAAUAGUCAUUAUACUAAAGAGGUUUAAUUUAAAUAUACCAUAUAGAUAAUAAAAAUGUACAUGUAUAGAAAGGU